AUGAUAAAGCCACAGUUUGUGAAAGUGCUUCUACCAGAGUUCUUGGAAAAGCUGCCGAUUCCUGAUGCAAUUGCGCAGCUCCUCAUGCAUCAGCACAAUGAAACUGCAACUCUGUUCAGCCCUCUCGGCAGAUUUUGGCACAUUGCCCUCGAAAAAGAUGCAGAUGAUAACAUGCACUUCAGCAAUGGUUGGCGAGAGUUCUCGCGAGCCCACGAUUUUACCGCGGGCGACUUCCUCUUGUUUCGCUACGAGGGAAACAUGGUCUUCAAGGUCAAGGUGUUCGACGUAACUGGAUGUCGCAAACAGUAUGAUAGAGCAAUCUCAGAAAAAAGAUCAUUCGGCGCAAAAGAUGAGAUCCUCGAAGAUGUUUGCGACGGUAUGUGUAACUCAGAUGAUUGGCAGAAUCUCUCGACAGGUCGCAGAAAGAGAGGGAAACCGACAGCACCGAAAGAACAGCUGCAGACUCCGCCAGGUUUUCUGGCGACGGAUAAAUCAGCGACGAAGAACAACCGUGCGAGAACCGUACCUCAUUUUGAGAAGAUCAUUAGACCUUACAACUUCUCCUGCGGUCACAUGAGCGUGCCGAGGAAGUUUUGCGCGUCGAACGGACUCACGAGGAAGGAGGAGAUGGUGCUCGAAGAUCCGAAGAGGAGAUCAUGGCAUGUGAAGUUGUGGCACGGCGUAAGCGACAGCCGAUUGCUGUCGGGGUGGAAGGAGUUUUCUGCAGUGAAUAAGUUAGAAGAGGGAGAUAAGUGCACCUUUCAGCUCGUCUCUGACGGAAUACUGCGAGUUCUGAUACAAAAACGCCGUGCGUAACUGCAGCUUAUCUUCGAGUUCUGUGUUCGAUCCUGCAGCUUAUCUUCGAGUUCUGUGUUCAAUCCUGCAGCUUAUCUUCGAGUUCUGUGUUCGAUCCUUCGUUACAUGUUUUCGCUUCGUGUAUGUUCUGGUCAUAGUUUGUAAUCUUGUUGGCCUACAUGCUGGAUGGAACUUUCUUAAACUGUCGACGAUUUACGAGUUUCCAUUAGAUGGAUUAAUGCUUUAUGGUUUUGGUAUUGCUUUGAUUCGUCGCACGGAGAAUUAAAGAAUCGAG